CUUGCACCACCAUGUCAGCUCAGCCUUCAAUACCAGCGCGAGAGCAAGGGGAACAGUCAGAGGAAAACGUGAUCACGCAUCCUACAGAUCCUACAGAAGGGCACUCCAAACGAUUCGAGUACUUUUACAAAGCGCUCAAACUCGCAUCACAUAAGUUGAGCACGAAGUGGACAGAGGAAGACUUCGCUCAAUGCUUUCCGACGUGGGCAAAAGAAUCUCCCCAAGGUGUCGCUCAAGUUCGCAUCCAAGUUGGUGAACACAUCCGCGACCAGAUUGUCGAACAGUCCACCGCUGUCCUUAAUUCGUAUUGCGCCGCAGAUGGGAUCGACGCUCUCGCUGCUGUGAUUGCAGAUGCAAAGGAGCGCGUGAAGGAGGGGAACACCGAUGGGCUGGAUGUCUGGAAGGAGGGAUUGACGCCAAAGGCAUUGGUUCAUGCAAGGACGGGGAGGGUAUUACGAGAGGAGAAAGAACGACUGGAAUUACUCCUUAAGGAGUUGGAUGACGAAAAUGCCCAAUUAUUUGCGUCGUUGCAAGAAAAGCAAGGCGCACGGAAAGAACUCUCGAAAGAGCUGGAUACUUACUUAAACGACCUCGAUGAGGCACUCGACCAAGCAAAUGCGUUGCCACUGGACGAUGUCUCGGAGUGGAUGGAGACCGUCGUCGAUCCUGUACCGAUGAAUGACAAGUGACCCCCGCCCCUCGUACUCUUUCUGGCUUACCGUUGUAUCCUAUCCUUGCUUAUCCUGUAUCUGUG